CACCAUUCUAUCACUCGGACUUCGAAUGGCGUCAUUUCCGUGGACGGCUGCGCGGUGUGAUGGCUCCGCGCGGCUUAUGAAGAAAUUAUUGUGCAUUUUUGUGUUUAGAUAGCUAAAGUUUAUUAUUUUAAUAAAACGGUAUUAGUUAUUGGAGUAUAUUACUCGAGAAAUGGGAAAGCCAGAAUUUAAUGGAGGUCGUGGCGGCGGCGGUGGUCGCGGAGGUGGCCGCGGUGGAGGCGGUCGAGGAGGAUUCGGAGGAGGUCGCGGUGGAGGUGGCGGCCGCGGCGGAUUUGGUGGCCGUGGGGGAGGCGGCGGUAGGGGAGGAUUUGGAGGACGAGGCGGCGGUGGCCGUGGCGGAGGCCGUGGUCGAGGAGGACCUGGAGGUGGCCGUGGAAGGGGAGGUGGUGGCUUCAAAGGAGGCAAACAAGUUAUUAUUGAACCACAUAGACAUCCCGGAGUAUUCAUUGCAAGAGGGAAGGAGGAUGCUCUAGUUACAAAGAAUUUGGUGCCCGGAUCAGAAGUUUAUGGAGAAAAAAGAAUAUCAGUUGAGAAUGAUGGAGAAAAGGUGGAAUACAGAGUAUGGAAUCCAUUCAGAUCAAAGUUAGCCGCAGCUAUUAUGGGUGGUGUUGACGCUAUACACAUGCCUCCUGGCUCCAGGGUUUUAUAUUUGGGUGCAGCCAGCGGUACCACUGUCAGUCACGUCUCCGAUGUCGUUGGACCGGAAGGAUUAGUAUAUGCAGUAGAAUUCUCACACAGAUCAGGCAGAGACCUGAUAAAUGUAGCUAAAAAGAGAACAAAUAUAAUCCCCAUCAUAGAAGAUGCUAGACAUCCACUGAAAUACAGAAUGCUUGUCGGCAUGGUUGACUGUAUAUUUGCCGAUGUAGCACAGCCAGACCAAGCUAGAAUAGUCAGUCUAAACGCCCAACACUUCCUCAAAAACGGUGGACACUUUGUUAUUUCUAUUAAGGCCUCUUGCAUAGACUCCACAGCGCAACCCGAAGCAGUUUUCGCGUCAGAAGUAAAGAAAUUACAAGCAGAUAAAUUAAAACCACAAGAACAGUUAACUUUAGAGCCGUAUGAAAGAGAUCACGCCGUUGUCGUGGGCAUUUUCAGAGCGCCACCGAAAAAAGCUUAGUUUUUAGUCCGUUGUUAUAGUUAAAUGUUGACGCAAUUAUUAAAUAAGAUAUAUCAAUAUCAGGUCUUCUAAUAACCAUUUUGUUUUUUACACAAUAUCCAGUUUUCUUUUCGUCAUGUUAAAUGAUUUUAAACUAAAUGGAAACUGUGAUAUUUCGCUCCUGAGUAUUUUGUAAUUCGAUGUAUUACAGUGUCUAAGAACAGUUUUCUAAGCUAAAUGCCAACGGACCUCAUUCCUAAAUAAACACAAUUUUAAAGUUAUUUUUGUAUGAUAAGUUGAAAUGAGUAUUAGUUUGUAAGUCGACAUACGAGUGUAUGUUAUAAAGUAAGUUGUAUGAAAAUAUAUGAUGGUGCGAAUGACUAUAA